UUCUGGCGGAGGGAAGGUUGUCUUGGCGCGUGCGCACUUAUGUCUCUCCCUCUAUCCUCCUGACCUCCUCCCGAUUUCUCUUCUCUGCGGCGCAACUUGGUCCCCCUCCAAUUGAACAACUACACACCCAUAUUACAGCCAUACACACACAUACUACACACAUGAGGGAUGGCCGUCGCUGUCUUCGGAAAGAUUCUAAUCGGCAUUUACGUGGAAAUCAAACGGAGUGAUGGUCGAAUCCACCAGGCCAUGGUGACGUCACUGAAUGAAGACAACGAGAGUGUCACGGUGGAGUGGAUAGAGAAUGGAGACACGAAAGGGAAAGAGAUAGACCUGGAGAGCAUAUUUGCUCUGAACCCAGAUGUGGCUCCUGAAGAGGAGGUAGUACAGAGUCCUGAAACCCCUCCUCCUGCUUCCUCCAUCUCCUCCGCUGCUAAACAAAUCAAGCCACCCAAGAACCGACGAACAAUAGCGCCCCCCAAGACUGAAACCCCAGCAAACAGAGCCGCAGCAGUAGGGACUACGCGAGCCAGACCCAGUCAAAUACAGCACCAGCAAAGCCAACCAGAACCACCCCCACCUGCAGCACUCACAGCCCUACAGACACAGCAGAUGACACUACAACAACAGCAGAACGCGCGGCGGAAAUCCAACUGUGUGAAGGAGGUGGAGAAACUGCAGGAGAAGAGAGAGAGGAGGCGACUACAACAACAGGAGCUGAGAGAGAAGAAAGCACAGGAGGUAGAUGUGACUGUACCAAACUAUGAGAUCAUGUGUAUGAUCAGAGACUUCAGAGCCAGUCUUGACUACAGGCCUCUAACCACUGCUGAUCUGAUCGAUGAGGAGCACAGGAUAUGUGUGUGUGUGCGAGCACGGCCCCUCAAUAAAAAAGAGUUGACGAUGAAGGACCUGGAUGUGAUCACCAUCCCCAGUAAGGAUGUGGUGAUGGUCCAUGAGCCCAAGCAGAAGGUUGACCUGACCAGGUACCUGGAGAACCAGACCUUCCGCUUCGACUACGCCUUUGACGACAGCACCGACAACGACAUGGUCUACAGGUUCACUGCCCGGCCACUGGUUGAGACCAUCUUUGAGAGGGGCAUGGCCACCUGCUUCGCCUAUGGACAGACAGGAAGUGGGAAAACACAUACAAUGGGAGGAGACUUCUCUGGGAAGAACCAGGACUGUUCUAAAGGAGUCUACGCGCUGGCUGCGAGAGAUGUGUUUCUCAUGCUGAAGAAGCCAAACUACAAGAAGUUAGACCUCAAUGUCUUCGCCACCUUCUUUGAGAUCUACAGCGGGAAGGUGUUUGACUUGCUGAACCGGAAAGCCAAGCUGAGGGUUCUGGAGGAUGGGAAGCAGCAGGUGCAGGUGGUGGGGCUGCAGGAGAGAGACGUCAAAUGUACUGAAGACGUCCUCAAACUCAUAGAGGUCGGAAACAGCUGCAGGACGUCAGGUCAGACCUCGGCCAAUGCCCACUCGUCCCGUAGCCACGCUGUGUUCCAGAUCAUUCUGCGGCGGCGAGGGAAGAUGCACGGCAAGUUCUCGCUGAUUGACUUGGCGGGGAACGAGAGGGGUGCCGACACAUCCAGCGCUGACCGCCAGACACGCCUGGAGGGGGCUGAGAUCAACAAGAGUCUGCUGGCACUCAAGGAGUGUAUCAGGGCUCUGGGUCGGAACAAGCCCCACACCCCGUUCAGAGCCAGCAAGCUGACCCAGGUCCUCAGAGACUCCUUCAUCGGGGAGAACUCCAGGACAUGCAUGAUUGCCACUAUAUCUCCUGGAAUGGCUUCCUGUGAAAACACUCUCAACACUCUGAGAUACGCCAACAGAGUGAAGGAGUUUGGGAUCAGCCCGUCAGACAUCCCCUUCUCCCAGCAGCAGGGUGGUGGAGGGGGGGGUCGUGCUGAACUCUCCCCCACUAACACCUACGAGUACGAUGACUUUCCCAACUCUCCCACCAGGGUGAAGGAGCUAACGGUGGACCCAGGGGUGAUGAUGGAGGGGCGGGGGGGAGGAGUGGGUCACAGCGUCACCCAGCUGGAAGUCCUGGAGGCUCAGUGGGGGGUCGGCAGCUCACCUCAGAGGGAUGACCUCAAACUGCUCUGUGAACAGAACGAAGAGGAGGUGUCUCCUCAGCUCUUUACCUUCCAUGAGGCUGUGUCUCAGCUGGUGGAGAUGGAGGAACAGGUCCUGGAGGACCACAGAGCUGUGUUCCAGGAGUCUAUCCGUUGGCUGGAGGAUGAGAAGGUGUUGUUGGAGAUGACAGAAGAGGUGGAUUAUGAUGUGGACUCUUACGCCACGCAGCUAGAACAGAUCCUGGAUCAAAAGAUAGACAUCCUCACUGAGCUCAGAGACAAAGUGAAGGGUUUCCGUUCUACACUCCAGGAAGAGGAGCAGGCGAGCAAACAGAUCAACCCCAAGAGGCCUCGCGCUCUUUAGACAUGUCACACACACCUACACACGUACACACACACGCGUACACACUAACACACACUAAUCCUAACACUUAACUGGAACCCUCUGGCUUAAAGGAUACUUAAGACUGUCAUAAGCAUGACAUAACUGAUGUCAUAAGUUAAUUGUCCCUGAUCGAUGGUCGUAUAUUUGUAAAUGUGGGUGUUGGCAUAAAGCAUUGUUUGAUUUGUCCAGAGGGGAAUAGUGAAAGGCUUUACAGCACAAAACAUCUGGAAACCACUGUUGACAAGCAACUGAUUUAUACCCUUGUUUAGACCUGAACAAAGUGCUAUGAUUUAAGGAUUAUGAGGUGUUUUCUAUGUACAGGCUCCUCCCAUUGCUGCUUGUUAAUAUGAUCCAUCCACCUGUAAAAGCGAGGGCAGAUUCCCUCUCCUUUCCAUCCCCCUGUAGACUGUAUGUACAUGGGUAAUGUAUCUGUGUGGUGUAAGGACUAUCGACCGCUUCUCAUUUAAACAAAGAAAAGACGGAAGGAUUUAUUUUAAGCACCUUUUUAUAAGAUUAAAAUGUGAGAUAUUAUCGUUUUUUUUUUUUUUAAGAAUUAAAAUCACUUAUUUAGUAACUAUGAAGUACUUCAUUAGAUCUUGCUCCUGGAGAGUUGUAGUAUGUGCAGACUUUCUUUCCAGUCCAGCACUAACACACCUGAUUCAAGAAAUCAACUAAACCCCAAGACUGUGAGCAGCUGAAUAAGAUGUGUUAGGGUAAGCCUGCACACACUGCAUUCAUCUCUCCAGGACCAAGAGCAACGAGCACUGAUUUAGUAAGAAAUACCUUUCUGACCACCUCUUCUGAUCAUGUAGCCUAUAUGGGUUAAGGAAGUGAUCAGGUGUUGGUCUGGGAGCCAACCAGAUGCAUGCAUGCACAAACCAGCUCUGAUUGUACUAUAAACCUCCAUUGAUCUAACUGUACCCUCCUGUGUCUACUGUACAUAAAUCCAUUACUCUUUAGGACCGUGUUCUCCUCCAGUGUUUCCUCCUACCAUUUCUUAGGCAAGGUGGCCUGCCUGAUCAGCACUGUUGCCCCCCACAUCUAAAAAGGCUGAUUUGAAAUGUUCAGUGUCUUCAACCUUCUGAUGUUGCUUUUGGGGGGCGUUGCGCCUCGCCAAAGAAUAAAUCUUUCGGAAACACUGUCUUACAAAUGCUUCUAAUGACUAGCUUGUAGAAGACUGCUAUAUGUGUUUCUUGCCAGGAUAAAUAUUUCUAUGUACCAACCUGCCUCUUAACAAGCCCAGUCUCAGUUGUAUCCUGUCCAUUCUGUUUACAAGGCAAUCAAUAUGCUAUUAACUGAAGAGAUCCCCUGGUACUAUGAAUCUUGUAAAAAGUCUCUGUUUUCUCCCACCAUCCCAUUUGAAAGUUGUUUAUAAAGGGAAGAUAGAUGUAUAGUGAGGACUGAGUUUGGUUCUAGCUGCUGCGGUGGAACUGGGACUUGACUACAGUACCUUAUGAUAAUAUAUGUGUGCAUCAGAUGUAACGCUGCCUGGCGUAAAGAAUAAAGAACCACAUGACUGACUGGA